AUGGCGGCCCUCUGCAGAGGGAGACAUAAGUGGAGAAGGCUGAAGUGUUUGCAGGUUUUUACCAGAAACAUUACAGGGAAAUAUGACUAUGACUUGGUGGUCAUUGGUGGUGGUUCUGGAGGCCUGGCCUGCUCUAAAGAAGCGGCACAGCUGGGACAGAAAGUGGCUGUUCUAGAUUAUGUGGAACCGUCUGCUAAAGGAACCAAGUGGGGUCUCGGUGGAACGUGCGUCAAUGUUGGCUGCAUUCCCAAAAAGCUCAUGCAUCAGGCUGCUCUCCUUGGUACAGCAGUCAAAGAUGCAAAGAAAUACGGCUGGCAGAUGCCAGAGACGGUCAACCAUGAUUGGGCGAUGAUGGCAGAGGCCAUUCAGAACCAUGUCAGAUCUUUAAACUGGGGCCACAGGGUCCAGCUUCAGGACAAGAAAGUGAAAUAUCUGAACGUCAAAGGCAGCCUGCUGGAUGAACACACAGUGAGAGGUCUAAGCAAAGCAGGAAAGGAGACAAUCCUGACCGCCAAGAACAUAGUGAUCGCCACAGGUGGACGACCCAAGUACCCCACACAAAUCCCUGGAGCAGUGGAGCACGGCAUCACCAGCGAUGACAUUUUCUGGCUCAAGAGUUCUCCUGGAAAAACACUGGUGGUUGGAGCCAGCUAUGUUGCCCUGGAGUGUGCCGGCUUCCUAACAGGCAUCGGCCUGGACGCCACUGUGAUGGUUCGUAGCAUCGCCCUUCGUGGUUUCGAUCAGCAAAUGGCAGGUCUUGUAACAGAUUAUAUGGAGGCUUAUGGUACCAAAUUUAUUUGGAGAUCUUUGCCGAAAAGCGUGGAUAAGCUCUCCUCAGGGGCCCUGCAGGUGACAUGGAAGGACACAGAGACCGGCAGCGAGCACAAAGACACCUAUGACUCUGUGUUAUGGGCAGUGGGAAGAGCACCUGAAACCAAAGCCCUUGGCCUCGACAAGCUGGGCGUGGAGCUCAACACGCAGACAGGGAAGAUAGUGGUUGGGCCUGACGAAUCUACCUCGUUGCCAAACGUCUACGCUUUGGGUGACAUCAGUGAGGGUCGUCCUGAGUUGACCCCUACUGCCGUUAAGGCGGGAAAGCUCCUUGCCCACCGGCUGGCCGGUCAGAACACCGACCUCAUGAACUAUGACAAAGUGGCUACGACCGUGUUUACCCCUUUAGAGUACGGCUGUGUUGGUUUAUCAGAGGAGGAGGCUGAGAGGCGACACGGAAAGGACGGGAUAGAGGUUUUCCAUGCCUUCUACAAGCCACUAGAAUUCACAGUAGCAGAACGGGAUGCCAGCCAGUGUUACAUCAAGGUUAUAUGUGAGAAUGGAGGUGAUCGGAAGAUUCUGGGUCUACAUUUCACUGGUCCAAAUGCCGGGGAGGUUAUACAGGGUUUCUCUAUGAGUUUGCAGUGUGGAGCAACAUAUUCCCACCUGCUGCAGACGGUAGGGAUCCACCCCACCUGCGCUGAGGAGGUGGUCAAGAUCCAUAUUACAAAGCGCUCCGGUUUGGACCCAACAGUCACCGGCUGCUGAGGUUAAGCCCCUCGGUUUCUGAACGUCCUGAGCACACAGGGUCUCUAGGUGGGGACCUGGGUUCAUCCUGCUCUCUGCUUUCAUCUCUCCAUUUAAAUCUCCCAGUUUAACAGUAUUUACUGGGACUUUUUUCUGCCCCUCAGGGUCGAUUCAAAUCGGCUGAUUUAGGUCAUCUUUGUUUGCUGAAAACCAUUUAAUGACCAGGACUGUUUUUAUACCGUAUAAACACAUGUGCUUUGUAGGAAAAGAGCCAAACGAGCAACUUUUUCAUUUAAAAAAAAAACAUAAGCUCAUCAAUCAGGUUUAAAACACAUAUUUAGGAUUUUGGUGAGAAUUUAGUAAGAAUGUGAAAUGGGUCUAAAUUUCCUUCUGAAUAUACAUUCUGCAAAUAUUGUUGUUUCUCUGGCUGUACUUCCUGUCCAUUAGUCUUAGAGGUGACACAUACCACACACCCCCCCCAGCAUGACACUGAUGGAUGGCCCCAGGGCCGUCGCCGCAGCGACACCGCUCCAUUUCCCAUGGACACACACAGUCAGCAGGGCUCCCAUCGGUCAGCCUGCAGAGGCCUGGACCAGGAGCUCCAUCUUGUUUUGGGCUCAGACCCCUUCCUCCCCCCCUAUAUUCCUUUUUCCAUCCAUAAGCAUGGUAAACAUAUACUCAUAUGUGCUGUAUGAACUCCACAUCCAGGGGUUCAACAGCUCCUGUUAAUGAUGGUGCUCCUCUGAGAGCUGCUCUACUUCAACUCACCCAAAGGCGGCACUGUUGCCCUCCGAUUCUCUCCUGCUCUCCCAGCCAACAAUGGGAGACAGGAUGAAGUAGUCACUGUAUAAAAUAUAAGCCUGAAUGUAUUCAGGUUGCACAUUUAAUCCCUUUAAUCCCUAUUAGUGAUACGUGCCUCCAGAAGAAGCUGGAAAGCAGCCUGACUUUAUUGGUGCCAGGCUGAUAAGGUUAUCUGCGGUAUAUUUACAUGGAUGGCAGGUUAGCCCUUAAGAGUCAUCACCCUUAAAGAUAAGGUGACUUGUUUAUAUCAAUAAAGCAUUAAUGGACCCCUCACUUUGCCAACCGUUCAACCUGCUGCCUGUUUCAGGCAUCUUGGCUUUAUUAAGCGGACAUGGGGAAAGGAGGGGGCGGGGGACUGUCGGUAAGCAGCAGAAAUCGAAGAACCUGUGAGGAGGCUGGAGUUUAUUUUUAUUUGAAGUCUAAUCUGCCCGGACUGAUUAAUGAUUCCGAUGAGGGGAGUGACAGACCGUCAGGAGAUGGAGAGAUGAAAAAAGAGAGCACGAAAGCUACCAGGUUUGUUUGGGCCUCGGCCCGAGGAGAGAGAGCUGAGUACCAGCCCCGGCUGGGGAGUGAGGGGGAUUCCUGUGUGCUCUGUUCAGGGCCGAGGUGCUGACUGAAGGACCCUGACCUCCGCUCAGCAGGAACAGCUUGACUCUAUCACUUGGAGCACAGAGGGCUCAUGUGCUGCAGCACAGCACAGCAAGGGCCUCCAUGGGGGGGUUAAACAGAGAGGGAGGGGAAGCAUGGGCCGUGGAGCACACCAAACCAGCCAACACAAUACCGAGUUGUGCCCUGGGUUACUCAGUCUAUGUUCCUGUGCUUAACGAGGCACUUCAGGGGCCGCCAAGGUGGGCCCCAGGCAGUGUAAGGGAAGUCAUUGAAACUAUCAGUUUAGCUGUAAUAUCUGUUUGCUUUUUCCCCCUUCACUUCCCCUCUGCUUCUUCCCUCUCCUACGGCUGCUGACACGCACAAAAAGACAUUUCUUUUAGGUUUACGGCCAUAUCUCACUUGAAGGAUUCCUGUUUAGUAUCGAUGCGGAGGUCAAAUAUUUGCCCUUUAAACCUCAGUUGUGCUCCGCGGUGCAGAGGUGUGCGAGUGGGGGUCAGGGCUCAACUUUCAGGUCGGCCAGCUAAUGAUGACCUGCACUCAAAACCAGAACCGGAGAGUGCGGGCCUGAUGUCACCUGGCCACAAACUGUCAGAGAUGUAAAUAGAGCAAUGUCAUUUUACAAUAAAGCUUUCAUUUGUUAUUUAUAUGUGAAAUGAAAACAUGUGAUUGUGUUGAUAAUAAAGAAAUUA